AUGGUCCUUUCCACUCGCACCUGCAUCGUUGUGGCGAUUUCGGUGCUGGCGGCAGUACAAACCCUCGCCCAAACAUGCACCGUACUAGUUGAUGUCGACUUGGUUGGCAACGACAUUGCUGCCACCGACCAAACGGAUCCAGGACAGUGUUGCAAUGACUGCAAAGCCACCAAGGGGUGCAAUGCGUUCAACUGGUUCGCCGGUGUGUGCUACCUAAAGUCGGCCAAAGGAGAAGUCAUCCCGUUGCCCGGAGGGAAGAGCAGUCGUACCGUUGCCCGAAGGGAAGUCGGGAGGGCUGCAAUCGAAACGAAACCCAACGCCAAAGCCAAAAGCAACCACUACGUCGAAGCCUACCCCCAAACCCACUCGAACUUCAACUCCGACGCCGUCCUCGCCCAAGCCGACAGCCAGGGACUGACCACGGACGAAGCGUACUUGGAGGUGCAAAAGAUGAACUUGUUGCUGCAGGAGAACUGCCUGCCAGGGUCCGUCGCGGACUUUACGCCAGAGUUCAAAGCCGAGUGGCACAUCACAGGAUCGUCCAAGUCAUAUGCCCUGUUGCAGGACAUCAAAAGUGGGGCCAAUCCCGUUCGCAUCGAGCACUGGCAAGACAUUCUCGCCCACUACUUCCACUGCCGCGGCGAUGUUAAGGAAGUUGCGUAG